AGGUGUUUGGGGUACAUCGGCCGGCUGUGGCGUUUGGGCCUGGGUUUUGCACGUUGUACUCUUAGUCUGGCCAUCGGUGGUGCACCGGUGGUACCUGUUUCGUACGCGCGCGUCUUUCAACGACAUGCCAAAUCGAGGCUGUGGUAUCCGUAUACUGCGUACCUACACAUACGUUGCUGCUGUGAGUGGCUUCGCGGUGAUGAUGCGGCCCUCGGCCAUCUCGCUCUCGCUUUUCCCGUGAUUGCGUCGGGACGAUGA